CAACAGGUUGGUAAGGGAAGAAUACUGAGAGAAGGUGAAAGGAUUGCCAUUCUAGGAUAUGGUUCCAUAGUACAACAAUGUUUGGGAGCUGCAGACAUCCUAAAUACACAUAAUGUAAGAGUAACAGUAGCCGAUGCUCGGUUCUGCAAACCAUUGGAUGCUGAUCUUAUUAAGAGAUUAGCCAAAGAACAUGAAAUCUUGAUCACUGUUGAAGAAGGAUCAAUUGGAGGAUUUGGCUCACAUGUUUCUCACUUCCUAAGCGUAAACAGUAUUUUGGAUGGACCCCUUAAGUUGAGGUCAAUGGUACUUCCAGAUAGAUACAUAGAUCAUGGAUCACCACUUGAUCAGAUUGAAGCAGCUGGUUUGUCAUCUAGGCAUAUAUCUGCUACAGUAUUAACACUAUUGGGAAGACCAAAGGAAGCUCUUCUAGUAAAUUAGAUUUGCUAAGUGAAACUCUAUUGAAUUUAAGGGAAGGAUUAAGAUUAUAGAUCCAGGAAAAUGUUUCAUUGUUUUAGCAAUGAAUUAAUAAGAUGUAUACAUAGGCGGACCCAGGAUUUGAGCACGGCGGAGGCACCAUUGUAUGCUAAUUGAAAACUCAAUGAUUAUGAUGACUUAUCAUCCAAGUACAAAUAAAAAGAAGUUCUAAAGAA